UGUGAGAGUGGAAAUGGGCAACAGGGAGGAGGAAUGUGAAACAUUUCAGAUGCCGGUCCAGUGACUGUUUACACGGUCGUCAGCCCGUGACAUCAGAGUCCAGACUUUAUAAAUGUCAGCAGGCGCGAGAGUGAGCAGUGAGCAAACAGCUGCAGUGGUCGCACCACACCGUCAUCACAGGCCAGUGAGACAGAGCGAGCGCCAUCACACACUCCAGCCCCCAUGGACCGACGGCUGUGCCACUGUGUGACUGCUGUGGCUGUGCUGCUGAGUGUGGCGACACAGGUGUUGUCCCAGCUGUGUGACCGGCCCUGCCUUUGCCCCAGUCCUCCCCCGCAGUGCCCGGCAGGAGUGGCCCUGGUGCUGGACGGCUGCCGGUGCUGCCAGGUGUGUGCCAGGCAGCGAGGACAGUCCUGCACCGAGGUGUUCCCCUGCGACGGCCGGCGAGGCCUGCGGUGCGACUACAGCGCCAGCUUCCCCGGCGACCCCGGGGAGUGUGUCGGUCCGGAGGAUCUGAGCUGUGAGGUGAACGGCAUCACGUACCAGGACGGCCAGUCGUUCCAGCCCUCCUGCCACUCGUACUGCUACUGCAGGGGUGGAGGUGUGACCUGUGUGCCGGCUUGUCCCUUGACCGGCCGUCUUCCCACUCCGGACUGUCCCGAGCCACAAUUCGUCCACCUGCCGGGGAAAUGCUGCAAAGAAUGGGUGUGUGAGAACCUGGAGAACACGGUCAUUCAGGACGCUAUCACAGCCAGGAGGCCCGACAGGUUGUGGCCCGCUCUGCCACGGGAUCAUCCUCUGAACAAACUGGUCCCGUCUCCCUCCAGCUGUGUGGAGCAGAGCACACAGUGGAGCGCCUGCUCCCAGAGCUGUGGUGCUGGAGUCUCCACGCGGGUCUCCAACCAGAAUCCUGCCUGCAAGCUGCAAAUGGAGACUCGACUCUGUAAAGUGAGGCCCUGCCGUGCAGCUCAGCCGGCGUCCAGCAAUCGUGUG